AUGGUGUGUGCAAACACACAGUAGCACAUUGGGAAACUACGCCCCUUUUAAGUGCCUAAGAUGAGGAAGUGUGCACAGUUCAAGCGUCUUGUCACUUGUGUUUACUUUCUUUUUAAUCUCUGUCACACCGGUAAAAACGAAACCUAAAUGCCGUCUGCAGUCUUCACGGCAAUGGUUUCGGAGGCAGACGGGCGAGCACUAACAUCUGGGGAAGAGAAGGGGCGGUGACUUUGUGGGGAGCCCUUGCAGUCCCUUACUCUUGGCUGCCCCCCCGCAGAUACGCCCACGUACCAACAGUUACUCCACUUUGACCUGUUCAUGCUCUCCAGCACUGGGUGCUGCAGUUUCAUAAGCGUGGGACUACAAACUAAUGGCUGUGCAAGGGAGUUAGGCAUCAUAAAAUGCAACGUAAAAUUAAACUGGGACUGUAUCUGGAUACCACACGGUUUAGAUCAAAAGAAAUGUUGACGUAAUUUGCAUCUAGACAGUGGAAUCUGGUGUUGAACUACCAAGGACUGACAGCGACGUUAUCAUUUUUGGCAUGCACAUUGGACUGACACUGACAACAGUGGAUCGAAAGUCCUGAUCUGCAGAAAAUGACAGCAGAAGAAAAGUCAGCCAACACUCAGGUGACAAUGGAGUCUCCCACCAACUCCAGUCAAAACAUAACCUGCCAGAUCGAUAAAACGUUCACCUCAUUGUACUUGCCCUCUGUGUACGUAUGUGUCUUUGUAGUAGGGUUCCUGGGCAACAGCUGCGGGCUUUACCGACUGGUGCAGAACUGGAAGAAAUGGGCCAGCAUUAACGUGUUUGUCUUGAACUUGGGGAUUGCUGACUUGCUGUAUGUGGCGACCCUACCUUUCCUGGUGGACUACUACGUUCAGGGCGAAUGGCACUUCGGAGACACCUUCUGCAGAAUCACCAGGUUCCUAUUCCAUCUUAAUCUCCAGUGCAGCAUUGCGUUCCUGACGUGCAUCAGUGUUAAUCGCUACCUGGGUAUUGUACACCCCAUGAAGGUGCUGGGCAAGUUACGGUUAAGAUGGUCAGUGAUGGCGAGUCUACUGGUUUGGAUAUGCAUCAUUGCGCAAGUUGCUCCCCAGAUGCACUUCAUCCAUCUCCGCUCAGACGGAAAGGUGUGCUUUGAUACAGCUUCUGAUGAGGUCCUUGCCACAUACAGGAUUUACAGCGUAUUAAACAGUGCCGCUGGAUUUGCCAUCCCCUUUGCUAUCAUUCUGGCUUGCUACAGUCAUGUAGCUGUUGUAUUGGUCCGGAACAAGAACGUAGACCGUUCUUUGAAACAGAAAUGCCUCAGACUUGUGAUCAUUGUCACGAUCCUUUUCUCGUUAUGUUUUAUUCCAUAUUGCAUUUUUAGAAAUCUGAACUUGCUGGCCAGGCAAGUGAAUCAAACUGCAAAGGUCUGCAACAAAACUUCAAAGAUAAUUUAUUUGAUCUACCAGGUUACCAGGGGUCUUGCCUCUUUAAAUAGUGCAGUUAAUCCACUGGUGUACCUGGUUACUAAUGAAAAAAUUAUUGGCAAAGUGAAGAGGUUUGGUCAGCAAGCAAAACGCUCCAUAGCUUAUUUUUCAGUUAGAAGCAUGUUGUCUAACCCAGCACAGGAAAUGUCUGAAAGCACUUCUUACGAGGCUUGACGCCAUAGCCAGCUUUUAUUAUUUAACAUAUCAAACACGCCAUAUGAACAAUAGUAACCGGACUUCAUAGCAGCAACACUUUAUUUGCCAACUUUUGACAAAACUGACGUAUCCCCCACAUGCCUGUUUCAGAGGCAGUAAAACCGACUUGAAAAAAUUAAGGUCAAUUGCUUACCGUAGGAUGUGGAUUAUGGUUUUUAUGUCACAUUUGGACAGUGCCAGAUGUCGGAGAUUAAUCCACAUGCCCUGCAUUGGUGGGAGGGAGGGAGAGAAUGAGCUUAUUAAAAGCAUUUAUUAUUUAUUACUUUUUAAGCUGUAUAAUAACCUUGUGCACUCCACUUCUGAAACCAAAACUAAAAGAAAAUGCAUUAGUGUUUACUACAUGAGAAUUAAGUUAUUUGUAAAAUUAAAAUAAAUGCAGGACUUAUAUUAUGGAGGAUACUGCCAGUCUUUUAAUGGGUCUGAAACUCAUUGAUGAGAGCUGUAAUGAAGAAUUCUGUUUUCUAGUAUGGCUUUAUCAGAUAAAUCCAUGCAUCCUUAGGGCUGUGCAAAUACAGAGUUAACAUGUUGUAAUAUCCUUGUUAUGUCAGCAUCAUUGCAAAGAAAAGAAUAUAUGACACAAAACAGUAGAAUAAAAUGGAAUGGAAUUGCCAAAGCUAAAAAUGUGGCUAGCAGUAUAAAAUAAAAAAUCUGCACAGAUAUGUAAAGCUGUAAACAUAAAAAAUGGUGUGCAAAACUGAAACAGAAUUUAAGUAACCAGAGAAGUCACAGGGCCCUAUGAAGUAUUUAGCUCCUGUGGCAUAAAGGUAAACAAGCAGUGCGACAAGACAGCGUGGAAAGAUAAGAGACACUGAAAUGCAGGUGCUAUUAGUAUAAAUGUGGGGUGGGGGAUCAGUGGCUCAGCAGUUAGUGGUUCUGUCUACAUCACUAAUUCUGCAAUUUGGUUCAUGUCUGGAUUACUUACAGUGCAGAGUCUGUAUGCCAUUGCUGUGUCCAUGACAGUCUCUGCACUAGAUGCUUUGACUUCUUGACGCAUUCCAAAUACAUGCUGUAUGUGUAUUUCUGAUCUACCAUAUUAUUUGUAGUUGUGCAUAAUGUAUAUGUUUGUGAGAACACAUAUAUGUAUGUAUGUGUGUGUAUACAUGCACACGUGCACACACACACACACACACACACACACACACACACACACACACAUGUAUAUAUGAGCAUCCUGUGCAGGAUUAAUUUCUCUGCAUUUUGCACAUUAAGUGCUAGAAUAUAGGACAAUGAAUGAAUAAAAGAAGAGCAGAGGAUGAAAUAUGACUGCAAAAAGAAUCAUAUUGGAGAAACCAUAUGGAAGAUAUAUAUAUAUAUAUAUAUAUAUAUAUAUAUAUAUAUAUAUAUAUAUGUGUGUGUGUAGUCAGUAUUUUUGAGUCAAAAUAAGUAAUUCAAAGUUACAUUUUAUACUAAAGCCCACUUAUUAUUGUGUGCCUUGAAAACUGAGGCUUUAUGAUUCUACAUCAAAGUUAACAAGCAUCCCACAGUACUUCUUGUAAAAUUUAAAUCUUUUUAUUUGUCUGUCCAUCUAUCUAUAUGUCAGUCUGUUAUAUUUGUUUUCUGCAAAAAUUAACAGCUUAGAUCUUACUGUUUGAGAAAUUUAUAUCUUGUCUCUCUUCUAAAAAAAUUGCUUCUUUCCCUGCAGUAGCCUUGAAUGCUGAAUUGCUAGGAAUUAUUCCUAUAGGACUUCAUUUUUGUUACCAUAGAUCACUGAUUAGUCAUUAAACAAAUGCGUUGUCAUAUUCAGAAAAUAUAGGAAUACUAUUCAACAAUGGUAAAAGUAUUUCAGCAAUGAUAAAAGUUUCAAUUAUUCAUUACACCUCAUUCUGCACAAACCACUCUCUUAACUUGAUUUUGUGAUUUCUUGCUUGCUUCCAACAUUCACUUAUUUUGAAACAAGAUAUUAAUUUACUAAGGACAUUUGGUUCAUACACUAACAGAAGUCAUACUAGGUUGUAUUAGCUCAAUGAUUUAUCUAUAUCUUUGUGAAAAUUUUCAUUGUCAUGCAUCUAGCUUUGUUUUUUAUCGAUCAUUCUUUACUGUGUCUGAAUGCCCUUUAUCUCUGAACUUUGUUUCAUAUCUCUGCAUCACAAAACAGUACUAAAAUGAAUGAUCAUUUGCAGAAGUAUUCUUCCUCUUUCCAAAUUUUAAUUUUCAUCAAGUAAAACAUUACUGAUGCUUGCUUUAUAAAAUUUUCAUAAAAUGUUAUGCUACUGUUAAUCUGUUCCACCAUACGUACACACUAUGAACUGAAGUACAGAUUACCUGCAUUCUGCCUGCAUGGGGCUUGAAAACUAGCUUACAUAAGAAUUCCAUGCAUUAUCCAUACAUUUAAUAUGAUAUAGUAGUAUUGUGAAGUCAAUAUACAGCUGGCACAGUUCAGGAACUUUCUAUAGGAAUGAUCAUAGGACUAGAUAGUUAAUCAGUAUCCAGAGUAAGGGAUCGGUGUUGAGCAUAGUGCAGUGCAAUAAACCUGGUUUUAAAUAAUUAUAAAUCUUCCAACUGUCAGAAGGAAUGCAGCAUGCAGUGACAACAGGGCAUUCUGCAGACUGCUGUUGCUUGCUUCCAAAUUUUAACAUUCUCUGUACUACCUUUUGCCUGGGGUACAGCUUAUGCACCCUAGUGACUAAAAUGCAUGUUCAGUUGGAUGCCUGUAUGGACUCAUUUUUGUCCAACUAUCUGUCACAGCACACUAUCCUACACACUAAAUACCUGAGAGUUGUACAGUGACACGUGUACACUCUAUAGUUCUGUGAGGCUAUUCUUGUAGUUUUAUGAGGCCAUCCCUACAGCUCUGUGAAAUCAUGGGGACAUGCAGAUAGUACACAAGGAAACUCAUGACGUCUGUGCACUUAGUGCACUUAGCCUUUAGUAGCUACAGUGUGCUUAGCCUUUAGUGGCUACAGUGCAUUUAGGCCCUAGUGGCCACAGUGUACUUAGCCUUUAGUAGCUACAGUGUGCUUUGCCCCUAGUGGCCACAGUGGGUUUAGUUCCUAGUAGCUACAGUGUGCUUAUCCUUUAGUGGCUACAGUGUGCUUAGUCUUUAGUGGCUACAGUGUGCUUAACCCCUAGUGGAAACAGUUUGCUACUUAACAUUUUGUUUGUCUCAGGCUACAGAAUCUUCAAAAUCCUCUCUUCUCCCCCUCUCUGUCCCUGACUAUCUGUCUCUGUCUGUUGCUAUAUUUCACUAUCACUGUGUCUGUCUGUUUAUCUCUGUCUCUCAGCCUGUCCCUCACAGUCUGAUAUUAUGCAGUGUGUGUACCACAGUCCCACAAUGCAUCACAUGGAAACAUCAUUGCUACUCCGUCUUAUUUGGUAAUCCAAUUUAUUAUGUCUUUUGUAGCCUUUAUAUCCUGUUCACUGCAUAGGACCUACAAAAGUGUAUCACUAAACCAUGGCUACACAUAAGGAGGCAUGUCUGCUCAUCACACAAUGAAGCAUUUUAUCAUCCCAGAUGGAAUCCAGUGAGAUAGGCAUAGUUUGUAGAGAUCAAGUACCAGACACUGGAUAUAGCUGUUGAUUUCACUUCAUAAUGCAGCAGACUUAAUUCACAGCUAUGUCUGGUACAGGAGCAAUGAUUGUGGCACCUAUGUCUGGGAAAGGAGAAAUGAUGGGUGAAUAAUCAACUGUUAUCAUAUAAUUAUAGCAGGGGAGAUGGUGAUGAUAACUAUUACUACCAGUCCAGUCCAAAAACCUUUUACAAUCUAUUUCCACCUUUCCGAAAAUAUGUUGUUCUGCUCCUGUGAGACCAUAUAUGGUAAUGUAAUGUUGAUUUUAUUUAUGUACACGUAUAAUAAUAAAUAUAUGAUAAUACAUCAUGAACAAAAUAAGUUACACUUUCAUAGCUGUGUCUGACAGAUAUACAACCAUAGCAAUAAAAUCCUAUCCUAACAACCAAUAAGUCAAUUUGCAGGACUGUAAACAUUACCAUAUGUUUGCAUUGAAUAUUUUCUCGACCUGUGUGGUAUCAGUGGUUCUGUAAAGAUGGUUAAGUACUGAGAUUAACUUUUGAAAGUAGACAGGCAUAUGUAUAUCUGACAUUUUUUUCUGGCUCUGAUCCUAUUUUUGUAAUAGGAUUACAGUUUUUUUAAGCAUAACUUUUAAAUACUUACAUUUUCCCAUUUAUCUCUUUGUUGAUCUUACAUUAAAACAUUUCAAAUGUUUUACAUUUGAUGCAUCUGCAGUAUUUCUGCCUACCCCAAAUGUCAGCACGAAGGAGACUGUAGCCAUGAUCAAAUGUAACCCUGUCAUUUGUCAUGCAAG